UAGAUUCACUUCCGGAUGAGUAGUCUGCGCCUCCUUCCUUUACCAUCCAGUAAGAAGACAGAUAUGGCUGAAAUACCUGAAGUGUUGUGUUUUCUGAUUUUGUUUUUGUUCUGUGAUUUCGUGAAUGGUUUCUUUGGUGAGAGUUGUGGAACAGGAUCCUGUCUCUAUGGUUACCACUGCUGUAGCCAUUCCACAGGAUACUGCUGCCCUGACGGAUUUAUCUGCAGUGGCGCCAUCUGUAUCAGUCUAACGGUUAUCAUCGCCCCCGUUGUCUUCGGUGUGAUAUUCAUCAUUGUCAUAAUUAUCGUUAUCAUCGCCUGCAAAAAGAAAAGAGCUCGAGGUGUCGUUAUUGCUCCAAACACUAAUCCUGCUAUUAUCCAGCAGCAGACGACAGCUUAUCAAUAUGGACAACCUCAACCGGCAAAUUACACGUAUGGACAACCGGGCCUGGUGGGAUACUCCUCUUACCCGACAGCCCAGGGUCCACCCGGCUACCCCGGACAACCCCAAACUUCGUCCGAUCCUGCUUACCCACCUCAACCGGCUGUUUACAACCAGUAAAAUCCUGAAAACAGUGAUGGUCAACGAAAAUAACUAUAAAACAAUUUUUAAUCAAUAUCUCUCUCCAGUGUGUUUGCUUUGAAAAAUAUCUUGAAAUGGAGUGAAUUUGAAAAUGAACCAAAAAAUUUUUUUAUUAAACCUGUAAGAAUAAUAUAUUCUUUCAAAAUUGAACGGAUGGGUACAAAUAUUGAUCUUUGAAUGCAAAUAAUCAAUACACUACUUUCGAUCCGCUGAGGCGUACUGCUGCUUAUUAUUAUUUUGUUAAAUAGAAUUGAAUCACUUGUUUCUGUGUGUAACACCCUCCAUAAAUUUUGUUUAGUCUGAGCUAUUGAAUUUUGCGUUUCCAUUGAUAUCAUGAAAGUACAUUCUAUUUAACCAUAGAAUAUAAUGAAAGUACAUGUAUAUAUGGGUACAGUAUUUGAAACAAGAUCUAAAUUUUUUUUCUUCAGAAUUAAAUUGAUUCAAAGACCUAUUAAACUUCUGUAAUAUCGUUAGAAACAUGCUAUUCCAGUGAUUUUGAAUUUCUCAGUACUGGCCUGCAAUGAGCUCCCAGCCACAAUUGCUGUUGCUCCAAAAGUGUAUUUUUAUCUAUAUAUUUUUGUUAUUGUGUAUCAUGUAUCUAUUUUUGUGAGUCCAUGUUUAAUAUUUUAAAAGUUGUUAUAAAUGUAUAACUAAUGUGGAAAAUCUAUUUGAGAGAACUAUGAAGUUCAUUCUUCUAUGUAUCUGUCCUAAUAAGAUUUCUAAAUAUUGAUGUUUCAUUUUUAUGUGUCAGGGACGUGAAAUCUGUUUAUUAGAUUUCAGAAAAGAAUCGAUGACAUUUUUUCAAGAAACAUCUUGCUUAUUUAAUAUUUCUUGAAACAACAAUUAAAUAAAUAAUUUCAUUU